AUGUUCUACUGGUACGACUAUUUUCUGGUAUUCUUUGUACUUGUUACAAGCGUGUUGAUUGGUAUUUAUUUUGGUUGUUUUGGAACUAAACAGUCAACUGUUAAAGAGUACCUUUCCGCAGGAAAACAAAUGAAAGUUUUUCCCAUAGCUCUGUCGGUAACAGUCAGUCACUUUUCUGGAAUUACUCUAAUUGCAGUUCCAGCAGAUGUUUACAAGUAUGGAGCAUUCUAUGUGUUCACAUGCUUAUCUGCUGUUCUUUUGGUUAUUGCUGCUAUGUAUGUUUAUUACCCUGUAUUGUUUAAAGGCGACUAUAAUAGUAUUUAUGAAUACUUGGAAGUAAGGUUUAAUCGUAAAAUCAGAUUGCUUAGUUCUUUUUUGUACAUUUUGUACGAAAAUCUUCUGCUUCCUGUAAUCGUUUAUACUCCAGCACUAGCACUGUCAGUUGGAAUUAGUGUACAGUUGAUAGUCUUGUUAAUAUGUGGUACAUGCGUGUUUUAUACAGCUGUUGGAGGUUUACGAACAUUUGUGGCGAAGGAAUUAUCUCAGCGGGAGGUAUUUUAUCAGUUUGGAAUAAAUCAGUAUCCGGAAAACGACUUGAUAUUUUUGAUUUCGACCCAGACCCCACAAAAAAAGACUCGUUCUGGAUAUGUACAGUGGGUCUUGCAGUUCGAUCUUUGUUUUACAUAUGUUUAUCUCAAUCGAGUGUCCAAAAAUUUAAGAGUCUUUCAACCCUUCGUCGCUGUAGAUGUUAACAUAUGUGCAAUUUCUGUUGGUUUAAUAAUAUAUGCUAACUACUACAACUGCGAUCCUGUAAUGGACAAAAAGAUUACAAAGAAUGACCAAAUUGUAGCUUACUAUGUAGAACAAUACUUGGGUGAAAUUCUGCCUUUAGCCGUUGCUAUUACAGGAUUAAUAGAUGGACCAUCGUUGGGAUUAUAUAUUUUGGGAAUAUGCUUUCCACAAGUAGACUCCACGGUUACUGAAUUCUGGCCAGUGUACAAAAUGCGAAAUAUGCUCAUGUUCUCAGUUUUCGUCGUGAGGUGUACAUACAAACAGAUGAUGCUAUUGAGCUUACCCUCGUCCAAAGUUUUAAAGUUUGAUAACACCAAUUAUCGUAUUUUUUUUACGUAUGGUGACGUUUGUUUCAAAUGUAAGACCGUCGGCCACUAUGCGAGUGGUUGUCCAAAGGCUGUUCAGACUCCUGCGGUUGUACACCCAUCUCUUACAGGGUAA